AUGCUGUUGCCCGUCUUGUUGUGCGUCGCCACUUACCGACCACUGAGCGUGCGCACUUUAGCCAUCACCCGCCUCCCUGUCUCCCUUCGCUUAGUCAGGGACCACUUCCUCUCAGUUUGCCCCACCACUCUCACCGUCGAUCUCCUCGAGGAGCGCCUCCUAGCAGCAGAGAAGAGCAUAGUCGCUGUAGGAGCCUCUCGUGGUGACCCUCGCACCCCCGUCUUUGAGGGGUGUUCCCCCUCCCCCCUCUUGCCCUCUGUUGCUUCUGCUGCUGCUGCCGACCUCGUUGGUUUCUACGGGGUCGGCGCUGCGUCUGCCCCUAGCGGGAGACGCCGCACCGGCAAAGGCAAGGGGGGCAAGGGAGCUGGAGGGGCUAGCAGGGGCGGUGGAGGCGGUGGUGGAGGCAGUGGAGGGGGUGGGGGUGGUGGUGGGAGUGGUGGAGGGGGUGGCGGCGGCGGAGGCAGCAGUGGAGGCGGAGGAGGCGACGGUGGUGGCGGAGGGAGCGGAGGCGGCGGAGGUGGCGAAGGCGGCGGAGGUGGCGGAGGCAGCGGAGGCGGCGGCGGAGGCGGCGGUGGAGCUGGUCGCAACUGUACGCAGAGGAGUGGAUCUGGUGGUGGUCCACGCCAGCAGCAGCAGCGCACUCGUGAGACCCUGACCCCUCAGCAGCUUCGUGAGUGGUACGCUGCGCGUCAGCGCGGUGGGGGUACUGGCCCCUGCACUUACGUCCUCCGUACCGGCGACCGCGCUGGUGAGCAGUGCGGGGGCCCGCACUCCACCCAGCGCUGCUUCGGCCGCCUGACGAACGCGUGGCGUCACCAGUUCCCUGAGGGGUCAGAGAUCCCUCGCUGGGGAGAUCUGUCUAGGGCGGGGGUUGCCAUCUUUGAUCUUGACUAUGAUGCUAUUCUUGCUGCCAUUUAUGCUGUAUCUACUAGUGUUGAGGGUGACUGUUACCUGUGUGUUCCGCCUGACCCGGGCAUUGAGGCUGCUGCUCUAGGUGCUGGUGAGGCUGCUGCUCUAGGUACUAGUGCCUCUGCUGCCCCAGGUGCAAGUGCGACUGCUGCCCCAGGUGUUGGUUAG